AUGGAAACUGAUAAAACACGACGUAGUCCACCCAAAGUUACUUGGAACCAUUCAUGGUCAUUAGAUGAGAUACAAAAUGCAUUGGUAGAGUCUCAUUUCAAAUUAGUGCCUACUGAAGUGAUGUUGCAUGUAUUUAAAUUUUUGUCUGUACAUGAUUUAAGUAAUGUUUCAUUGGUUUGUCGUUCAUUUAAAAUGGUUGCCGAUCAAGACGAUAUUUGGAAAUUAAAAUGUAAAUCAUCAACAAAAUUACAUUCAAAAUCUUUCAAGCAGAUUUAUAUGGAUUGGAUGCAUGAAAAAUAUUUACGAAACAUAGAAUUGGAAGAAGUCGAAGCUCUGUAUCGUGAACGAAGUUCACAUGUUGCUUGUGGAAUGAGAUGUGGACCACCGCAAUAUCCUAUUCGACCAGCAGGCAAACAUCACUUUGUACCCAUUGGUAAUUUUAAACAACAUCCAAAUGAAUCCGACACAAUGUCUAUCAAGUUAUCGGUUGACAUUGAUAGAACAGCUCAUGAACUCAUAUCAUUAUUGGAAAAAGCAUCUCAAUUUCAAGCUGAAUGGCGUCAAUCAUUAAUCAUAAAACAAAUGAUAACAAGAUACUACCGUUUUAUGCAAUUAAAAGCUUCUUGCCCAAGUAAUAUUCUACUUGUACCAACAUUAGAUAUUGAAAUUAUUUGGCAAACACAUCUUUUACGACCAGAAAUGUAUCGAGAAGAUUGUAUGAGAUUAUUUCAUCGAGUUAUUGAUCAUUCUUUACUGGCAACUGAAAUUGAACAAUGUUUAAAGGAACAAGCAUUUAUUGAUACUUGUAAACUAUAUGAAGAACGAUAUGGAGAACAAUAUUGUCCAUUACCAAAAGCUGAAGACAACAUGGAAGCCGUUCCUAAAUAUGUUCAUCCAGUUUUUGGUUCAUUAAAAUGUCUUAUUCCAAUCUAUUCAUAUUGGGAUAAAACACAUUUUACAUUUUCAUCGAAACCAUCGGCUAAAUUUGAUGAAAAUCCGUUUUCAUUUACUGAAGCUGAUAUUAUUCUUGAUGGAAAUUGGCUUGAUUUAUGUAAAAAAUUUAUGAAAAACAUGCUGCAAGAAGUUCCUAUUAGUGGUUAUUAUUAUCGCGAAUCCGAUAAAAUCGAUCUCGGUACAACAGCCAUGAAGCGAUUAAAAAAAUCUUAUGAACGAUUUUUAUACAUGGCAACUAAAUAUCCACCAUCAAAUGGAUAUACCUUUGUACAUCCAACAUAUGCAAUUGAUAUCAUUUGGCAUUCACAUAUGCAAGACCCAUUAAAAUAUGCAUCGGAUUGUAUUCAUCUCGUUGGUUAUGUUAUUGACCAUGCACCAUGGCCAUCAGUUGAUGAAAAUAAAAUGAAAAAUUCUUGUAAUGAUACAAUAAAUGCUUGGAAAAAAGAAUUUGAAAGUGACAUGUCAACUGAUCAUUUAUAUAAUACUGUUACGAAUAAUUUUGAUUAUUGGAAUGAUUAA